GCCAUUUAUGUAUGUGUUCAUCUUGACGUCAAAAACUGGAUUGCGUUGAUUGAGACUGACUGGACCAAAAGGCACGCGCUCCACUCCCUGACACACACAUGCAUCGCUCCCCUCCCAUCCACUCCACUCCCUUCCUGUCAUCAAAUCUCUCUCUACAUCUGCACAACGGCCGUCUGCGCCAGGUGGGGCGUGUUGCGGAGGUGCUCGACAGGCAGACUUGCGAAGUAGAACUGACAGCCAUCAAUCCAACCAACACACGCAGACACACACACAAGAGUGACCUCCUUGCUUUGAUGUGCCGUUUUUGUAGGUGUUGUGUGUUCGGCUCUCAUCUCACCUGCUCAGUCAGUUCCGGCAGCUCGCUCAGCUCCUCUUUCUCGACGCGCUUGAGGCCCAGCUCGUUCCAGAUCUUGUCGAGGCUGUCGACGAGGUGCAGCAGGUCGGUCGCACUGUGCAGCGGCCCAGGGGUGGCGCGGAGCCGCUCGGUGCCCUUGGGGACCGUUGGGUAGUUGAUGGGCUGGAUAUAGAGGCUGUGCUCCUUGAGCAGCCUGUCUGACGCCUCCUUGCACUUGACGGGGUCGCCCACGAAGACCGGCACGAUGUGCGACGGGUUGUCCAUCACCGGGAUCUUCCGCGACCGCAGCAGGUGCUUCAGCUGGGCCGCCUUGAGGUGCUGCAGCUCCCUCUCGACCGUCGACUGCUUCAGGUGCCGGAUGGACGCUGUGGCGCCCGCACACACCACGGGGGGGAGGGCGGUGGUGAAGAUGAAGCCGGCGGCGUAGGAGCGGAUGGCGUCGAGCAUGGUGCGGCUGCCGGCGAUGUAACCGCCGAAGACGCCCACGGCCUUGCCGAGGGUGCCGUUGAUGAUGUCGAUGCGGUCGAGCUCGCCCACCUGCUCCGUGACGCCAGCGCCCCUGGGGCCGUACAUGCCGACGGCAUGGACCUCGUCGAUGUAAGUCAGGGCGUUGUACUUCUUGGCGAGGUCAGCGAUCUCUGUGAUGGGGCUGAUGGAACCGUCCAUCGAGUAGACGGACUCGAAUGCCACGAGCUUUGGCUUGGCGGGGUCGGCGGCCUUGAGGAGCUCCUCGAGGUGGGCCAUGUCGUUGUGCUUGAAGAUCUUCUUGUCGCACUUGGAGCCGCGGAUGCCGGCGAUCAUCGAGGCAUGGUUCUUCUCGUCAGAGAAGAUGAUCAAACCGGGGAACAGCUGACCCAACGUCGACAGCGCAGCCUCGUUGGCCACAUAGCCUGCAUUUCAUACACACGACCGAACCGACACACACACGGGGAGGUGAGAGCACACCCACAUGCAUUGCCUUCUGUGAGUGAGUGAGUGAGUGAGUGAGUGGCUGCCUGACCUGAAGUGAAGAGGAGUGCGGAUUCCUUGUGGUGCCAGUCGGCCAGUUCCUUCUCGAGGUCCACAUGGUAGCUCAUGGUGCCGCUGAUGUUGCGCGUGCCCCCCGCGCCCGUCCCAGCGGCGUCGAGUGCGGCAUGGCUUGCCUCGAGGACCUUCUUGUGCUGGCCCAUGCCGAGGUAGUCGUUGGAGCACCAGAUCUUGACCUCAUCCCUCUUGCCGUCCUUGAAGAAGGCCGCGUGGGGGAACCGGCCGCAGUUGCGCUGCAGGGUCGCGAAGACGCGGUAGCGGCCCUCCUGGUGCAGCUUCUGGAUCGACUCCUGGAUGGCCUGGUGGUAGAAGAAUUGAUUGCCACUGCUGCUGUCGCUGCUCGAUGCCUGUGCUGGGGCAGUGCCAUUGGCCGCCAUGGCGUCAGCGGAUGUGUGGGCGGGCGAUGCGCCGUUGAGCGUGGUGCCGUUGGCAUGUGCGUGGUGAUAGGGGCACCCGCCGCCGCCUUGUGGCUGAGCACGGUUGGCCUUCUCGGCUGCCUCGUGAAUCACUAUCGGCUGAACACACACACACACACAGCAGCAGAGAGAAGGCAACACACAUGGUGGGUGUGUUGUGGCUCAUUGAAAGGUGCUUUCUCCCCUCCCAUCCCCCCUGCCCACCCACCGACCUGGUCAAUUUUCGAGGCCACGGGGCACAUCUGGGCGAAGACGUUCCAAUCCCCUUUGAUUUUGUCGCCCAUGCGGCCCACAAAGGGGCAAAGACGCUGGAUUUCGCUCGUGGCGAAGCUCAAAAAUCGGCCCGGCAUCCUGACGAGGCGAGAACUGUCAAAAACAGCUCCACAAGGGCUCCUCUGCCGAGUGGCUCACAGACACGCAGGCAGAGCGUGCACAGACGGCCAGCUGUGGAGGGCAAGGACUCGGUAGCCUGAUCUGCAAG